AUGGGGAAAUUUCUGCAAGUAUAUGCACUCAAUCAAGAAACCAUUGCUUGGAAAAAACUGGAUGACCUCGAAGAUAAGAUGCUGUUUGUGAGCACUACUUCUGCAUUAUCAGCAACAAAUAGCAGAGAUAGGAUUACGAGCUUGGGAAACAAGGUGUUUUUGGACAGGUUCAAGGAGAAGGAUGGUGUGUUCUAUUCUCUGGCAACAAAAAGGUUUCAUACUUUUUGGAGCGGAUACAACAAUGAUGAUUGGUGCAACACCAAAGAAUAUUUAAAUUGUACAUGGAUCGAACCAAGCUUCAAAACAAACACGAAAGAUGAGCUUCAAUGGUAA